AUGACCUCCAUACACCCUAUGCAAACCUCUAUCCGUCUUGCUCGUCCCAACGAAUAUCCUGCUGCAAUUCGUGUGCUCACUCGAGCCUUCACACAAGAUCCGGCAUUUAACUGGUACGGCGGCGUGAAGCAGGCCGUGCCACACUAUGAAUCCAAUUCUGCUGACGCAGUCAAAACCAUGCGGAACUUACGAUAUUUCCAAGAAGCUGUAUUAAAGAUGACGGUUAUUUCCGGUGGAUAUGUCGUUGUUGUUGUUGUUCCCAAUGGUACCAAAGGCAUUCAACAGCCAGGAUUGGAGGAAAAGGAGAUGAUCAUAGGCGUUACUCUCUGGCUCAAGCCUGGUCAAAGUGUGGAUUUGGGAAUUCUGGACAUCAUUCGUUCUGGUGGGUUGAAAGCUUUAUGGGGGUGGGGAUUCAUGGGUCUCAAGGUGACCUCCACUCCGAACGGAAUCUUCAUAUUAUCAUCCCUUAUUGACUCAACCUUCAUCAACAUUCUUCAUCAGAGAGUUUUUCUCGAUUUCACACCAGCUGUUGAACGAUCAUUAAAAAAAGGAUUUCAUUCUCGUAACCUGGACAGGCUUGAUUCGUGGCAUCUACUCGAAAUGGUCGUUGAUCCCGAAUUCGAGGGCAUGGGAAUCUGCUCGCUCAUGAUGAAGGACGGGUUCACUCGAACAACUCCCAAACCUGUUCAUCUAGAGGCAACAAAAGCUCGUACGCGAGAUAUCUAUGCACACUUCGGGUUUGAAGUCGACGAAGAACAUCAAUUCGGAGUAGGAUCCGUCGAUGAGAACGGCAUUAGAGCUCGUGGAGAAAAGGCUACUGGGUAUCCAGAGUGGGUCAUGACAAAGUGGAAUUAUACAAGUUAA